CUGUCUCCUUACCUCACCGCCAUCUGCCGUUUCUGCACCCCCUCCCUUCGACCCCCUGCAGCCGCCACACCACACUCUCCGCCCCACCUCCGCCGCCGUUUGCUCGCCGGAGCGGCGGUUUUUUUUUUGUUGCGUGGAGGUCCCUCGAACCCCUUGUUGUAGCUGCGCAGAUCCCUCCUCGAGCCGGCGGCCCCUGCCGCGCGCGGAGCACCGGAAGCGCAGGGGCAUUGCAUGAGACGUGUGAGCCUGCCGCCGCGGGGGCGCGCGUGGUGAUGCUCCUGGCCUCCGUCCUGCGGGGUCGCGUCCGCUUCCUCCGCCGGCCCCGCCCCCUGAUCAUGCCCUCCCCUCUCUUCCUCUCCAGGAACCCUAAUCCCAGCCCGAGCAAGACUAGCCCCUACCUCUCGUUGCCCCCCGCGUCCUCCGCCAUGAGCACCAGCGGGGUCUACGUGCCGCCCAUGCGCCGGCUCCGCUCCGUCAUCGCGUGCACCAACGGGAGCCUCGCGCCACCGCCGUCCGCCGCGGCGCAGGCUCAACAGACGGUGCGGACGCCGGAGUGGCGGAAGGACGGGCGCUCGCUCAGCCCCCCGUCGCCGCCUCAGCCACGGCGGCGCGAGAUGCCUCCCCUGCCUCGGCCGCCCCAGCCGGAGCAUUGCCGACAGCAGAGUGCUGGGUACGCCCGCUACGCCUAUGAUGAUUUCUCCGAGGAUGACUCGGAUCGGGAGAUGGACCGCACCUCGAUCUCGAGCAAGGGUGCAUCCACUUUAGAUAAUGUUGAUGAAUGGAAAUGGAAACUGCACAUGCUUCUCCGGAACGAUGAUGAGCAAGAGAUUGUCUCAAGGGAAAGAAAGGAUAGGCGAGAUUUUGAACAACUUGCCCAACUGGCUGAUCGAAUGGGCUUGCACAGCCGUCAGUAUUCAAGGAUUGUUGUGUUUAGUAAGGUUCCAUUGCCUAAUUAUAGAUCAGAUCUUGAUGACAAAAGACCUCAGAGAGAGGUAUCUAUACCUGCUGGCUUGCAAAGAGAAGUUGAUGCAUUGCUUGCAGGCUAUCUUGCACGAAAGAGAAUGAACAGUGGGACCUUUCCAAAUGCAGCCUUCUCAAGGUCAAGCAGCAGUGAAAGUUUUGCAACCGAUGAAGGCUUCUUUGAGCAGCAAGACAAUCAGACUUCAACUAGUGCUGUUAUGGAGAGAAUUCAAAGAAGGAAAAGCCUACAGUUACGCAAUCAGCAGGCUGCUUGGCAGGAAUCAAAUGAAGGUCAAAGCAUGAUGGAGUUUCGCCGCAGCCUUCCUUCUUAUAAAGAAAGACAAACAUUAUUGGAAGCUAUAUCUCAGAAACAGGUUGUUGUAGUUUCAGGUGAAACAGGCUGUGGCAAGACAACACAGCUACCACAAUACAUUUUAGAAUCUGAAAUAGAUGCUGCUCGUGGUGCUAGUUGCAGUAUUAUUUGCACUCAACCAAGACGAAUAUCAGCUAUCUCUGUUUCUGAAAGAGUUGCUGCUGAAAGAGGUGAAAAAAUUGGUGAAUCGGUUGGGUACAAAGUUCGAUUGGAAGGGAUGAAAGGAAGGGAUACACGCCUUCUUUUCUGCACCACUGGGGUCCUGUUGCGGAGAUUACUUGUGGACAGAAGCUUGAAAGGUGUUACCCAUGUUAUCGUUGAUGAAAUCCAUGAGCGGGGCAUGAAUGAAGAUUUUCUGCUUAUUGUUCUAAAGGAUCUUCUUCCACGCCGUCCUGAGCUAAGGCUUAUAUUGAUGAGUGCAACUCUUAAUGCCGAGCUGUUCUCUUCAUACUUUGGUGGAGCACCCAUGAUACAUAUACCUGGUUUUACAUAUCCUGUCCGGACUCAAUUUCUAGAAGAUAUCCUUGAAUCUACUGGACACCGAUUGACUCCGUACAACCAAAUUGAUGACUAUGGUCAAGAAAAAAGUUGGAAGAUGCAAAAACAAGCUCUAAGGAAGAGGAAGAGUCAAAUUGCUUCUGUCGUGGAAGAGGCAGUUGAAGCUGCUGAUUUGAGGAACUAUAGUUCACGAACUCGUGACUCGCUAUCCUGUUGGAAUCCUGAUUCAAUUGGUUUUAAUUUAAUAGAAAAUGUAUUAUGCCAUAUUUGUCAAAAGGAAAGACCUGGUGCUGUUCUUGUAUUUAUGACUGGGUGGGAUGACAUUAAUGCACUAAAAGAGCAGCUGCAAGCAAACCCAUUGCUUGGAGAUCCUAGCAAAGUUUUGCUGCUCGCUUGUCAUGGUUCAAUGGCUAGCUCAGAGCAGAAACUAAUAUUUGAGAAGCCUGAACCUGGAGUAAGGAAAAUAGUUCUUGCCACCAAUUUGGCCGAAACCAGUAUUACUAUCAAUGAUGUAGUUUUUGUUGUUGACUGUGGAAAAGCAAAAGAGACUUCUUAUGAUGCACUGAAUAAUACUCCCUGCUUGCUUCCAACCUGGAUCUCCAAGGCUUCGGCCAGACAAAGACGGGGAAGAGCUGGCCGAGUCCAACCAGGGGAGUGUUACCAUCUUUACCCACGAUGUGUAUAUGAUGCAUUUGCUGACUACCAGUUACCAGAACUUCUGAGAACCCCUCUCCAAUCCCUCUGUUUGCAAAUAAAAAGCCUGAGGCUGGGAAGUAUAUCCGAAUUUUUAUCCAGAGCUUUGCAAUCACCAGAGUCUCUAUCGGUACAAAAUGCCAUUGAAUAUCUCAAAGUCAUUGGAGCAUUUGAUCAAAAUGAAGAGUUGACAAUUCUAGGAAAGCAUUUGUCUAUGCUUCCAGUUGAGCCUAAGUUAGGCAAGAUGCUUAUUUUUGGGGCUAUUUUUAAUUGUUUGGAUCCCAUAUUAACCAUUGUUUCUGGACUUAGUGUGAGAGAUCCAUUUUUGACCCCAUUCGACAAGAAGGAUCUUGCAGAAUCUGCUAAGUUACAGUUUUCAUGCCGGGACUACAGCGAUCAUCUUGCACUUGUUCGUGCAUAUGAGGGAUGGAGAGAGGCUGAAAGAGAUCGUGCUGGCUAUGACUACUGCUGGAAAAAAUUUCUUUCCGUGCAAACCUUGAAAGCCAUAGAUUCCCUUAGGAGGCAGUUUCUCUACCUUCUGAAGGAUACUGGUUUGGUUGAUGAAAACAUGACUUUGUGCAAUAAAUGGAGUCGUGACGAAAAUCUAGUCCGGGCAGUAAUUUGUGCCGGACUAUAUCCAGGUGUUUCGUCUGUCGUGAACAAGGAGAAAUCAAUUUCUCUCAAGACAAUGGAAGAUGGACAGGUCAUGCUUUAUUCGAGUUCAGUUAAUGGUAAAGAAGCUAAGAUUCCAUUCCCCUGGCUAGUGUUCAAUGAGAAGGUGAAGGUGAAUUCUGUUUUUCUCCGGGAUUCAACUGCUAUAUCUGAUUCUAUACUGUUGCUCUUCGGAGGCAACAUACAACAAGGGGGCUUGGACGGACACUUGAAAAUGCUUGGAGGUUAUCUGGAGUUCUUCAUGAAUUGUGAUCUCGCAUUGACUUACUUGAGCCUCAAGAAUGAACUUGAGAAUUUAAUCCAUUGCAAGCUCCAAAACCCAAGGAUGGACAUUCAAACCAGUGAAGAGUUGUUAUCAGCCAUCCGUUUGCUGGUCACAGAGGACCCAUGCAAUGGUCGCUUUGUCUACGGCCGACAGGAGCCAAGAUCCAAGAAAGCAAAGACGAUGCUCUCAUCAGCCUCCAUGAGCAGCGGCGGUGGGAACGGAGGGGACAACCCCAAGAACCAUCUCCAGACCCUCCUAACCCGGGCCGGCCACAACAAUCCGUCCUACACGACGAAGCAAAUCAAGAACAGCCUCUUCAGGUCCACGGUUGAGUUCAACGGCAUGCAGUUCGUUGGCCAGCCAUGCGCGAACAAGAAGCUCGCGGAGAAGGACGCAGCGGGAGAGGCGUUGAACUGGCUCACGAGAGAUGGCGGAGGAGCGCCCACCGACUCGAGGGACACCCGAGACGCGGAUCCCAUGUCCAUGCUGCUGAAGCCACCACGAAGGAGGCGGCAUAGCCAUCGUAGGAGUUGAUUAGAAUCGGAAAAUCUUUCCUAUUUAUGUAGUGGAGAGCAUAGAAGCUAGCGAGAAAAAUAAUUGUAGAUUAACAGUUGAAACGUAGCAGAAAGAAACCACAGGGAGAACACUGGCUGUAACAGUGGAAGAAGUGUAAUCCAUUUUUCGUUUCAGAUGGUAGGAUCUAUUCGUACGAUGAGUAGCGAGUUACGAGCACGAUUAUAAAACUACAGUUACGGAA